ACUUUAUGUGAGUUUUAAGAUGAAGAUGUGUGUUUGGCUGACAAGUCCAGAUCUGCUGGGACCGAGGAGUGAGUCAGGCGGGGGCCGCGCGGGCGGGGACAGGCGGGGACAGGCAGGGCCCGGGCGGGGCAGGAGGAAACCCCCGCCCUCCCGCCUCCCACCUCCUGCCGCAGCCCCAGAGCUCGCCGCACCGCUCCCCGCUCGCAGCCUCCGCACCCAGCUCCUCUCCGACAUGGCAAAAAUGUCCAGCCCCACCGAGACCGAGCGGUGCAUCGAGUCCCUGAUUGCUGUGUUCCAGAAGUACGCUGGGAAGGACGGGAACAAGACCAAUCUCUCCAAGACUGAGUUCCUAAGCUUCAUGAAUACAGAACUGGCUGCCUUCACAAAGAGCCAGAAGGAUGCCGGUGUCCUUGACCGCAUGAUGAAGAGACUGGACGUCAACUCUGACGGGCAGCUGGAUUUCCAAGAGUUCCUUAAUCUUAUCGGCGGCUUGGCGGUAGCUUGCCAUGAGUCCCUUACCAGUUCCCGGAAGUUCAUCUGAGGAGCCCUGGGAGCUGGCCUCCGGGCCACCCCUGAGCCAGGGCACCCAUUGCCCCAUGCAGACCACUCCUGCUGGGAGCAAUAAAACGGUGUUGUUUUUUUAAAACCCA